AUGAAAUUAGAAUCUCAAAAGUCUGAGCUUCUUUGGAGGAAUUUGAGGCUUACCACCAAGGGUGCGGAUGGGGCAUGGAGGACCAUUUUGAGGGGGGUUAGUGGGGUAAUCGAGCCCUCGACGAUGACUGCGCUUAUGGGAACCAGUGGCGCAGGAAAAACGACUCUUAUGAAUGCGCUUGCAGGGAGAAUUUCACCGAACAUGCACCUCAAGGGCGAAAUUCUUCUGAACUCCCAUCCAAGAUCGAAAGAUACAUGGCCUGAAAUUGUCGGAUACGUGGAGCAGGAGUUCCAUGCGUACGAGUAUCAGACGGUUUUCGAGACGCUUUCAUUUGCAUCGAAAAUAAAGAUGAGGGGAGAGGAAAUGGAACAAAAGGUAGUAAACAGGAUAGAGGAAAUAGUAUCACUGCUGGGGCUAAAGAAUGCAAAGAACACGUAUAUAGCAAACUUGUCUGGGGGAGAAAGAAAGCGAGUCUCAAUAGGGGUCGAGCUAUUGGGAAACCCCUCGAUACUGUUUUGCGACGAACCCACCAGCGGACUGGAUUCGUUCAAUGCCCUGAACAUCCUCAGCCUACUCAGAGAUCUAUCGAACAUGGGGAAGACCGUUUUGGUUACUAUUCACCAGCCAUCCUACGAGAUGAUCAACUUCUUUGACAAGUUCAUAUUGAUGUCGAUGGGAAAGGUUAUCUACGACGGAGAUGUUAAGGGCUGUAUUGGGUUCUUUGCACGGUGUGGGCAUCGACUGCCGGAGUUUACAAACCCGGUAGAUUUCUUCCUGAAGACAAUAAGCCUCGACACAAGAACGAAAAGUUCAGAGGAAAAGAGUUUGGAUGUCAUUAAUCACAUAAGUGCCAAGUGGCGCAGGGAAAGGAAGGAAGUUGUUCCAAAGCUUUCCAGUGAAGUCAGGAUGCGGGACAAGACGAUCAAGACAACCCUCAGCUUCUUCCUUCUCUGGAGUAGGAAUCUGAAGAACUACCUUAGGAACUCCGAGUAUUUCAAGAUCAAGGCCUUUCAGAAGAUGUUCUUUAUCACUGUGUUCGGACUUGCCUAUCUACGGAUGGGGUAUUCUGUGGAAAGCAUAUACACUAGACUGGGAGGAAUAACGUUUAUCCUGACAAACAUGCUGUUUGGGGUAUGCAACCCCAUAUUCAACGUGUUUUCGUCUGAAAAGAUGGUGAUACUCCGGGAAAGAAGGUCUGGGAUGUAUUCAGGGUUUAUGGCAUUUAUAGCCAAGUACUUCUCCGAGAUCUUCAUCAACUUCAUGCUUGAGAUCCCGUAUCUGGUGAUAAUAUACUGGACAAUUGGGCUGAACCCGGAUGUAAGAGUCUUUCUUGUGUUCAUGGCCAUCAUUAUUUCCCUGAUUCUGCUGUCCAUAGCGUACUCCCUGGCCAUCAGUACGAUGACAUCUACACAGAACAAUUCCCAGGUGCUGGGAUCGAUGGGGCUGCUUGUUUUUCUAAUUUACAGUGGAUCCUUUAAUAAUCCAAACACCAUAUCCAAGUGGCUUAAGUGGAUAGUAUGGAUCUCGCCGAUGUACUAUGCAACAAAGGCAUCGUUCCAGAACCAGCUGAAUGGCGUUGUGUUUAAAAGCCCUAAUGUCCAGACCACCGGCGAGGAACAGAUCAAGAGUAGAGGACUUGAUGGGAUGGGAGUGUGGCCGUGUGUAUUCGUUUUGCUGGGAAUGACCUUGCUUUGGAUGCUAUCUGGUGCCACGGUGCUCCACUGGACCACAAAGAACAACAUGAAGGUAGAAAUAAAUGAUGAAGAGGUAUAG